GAGAGCCAGAAUCUGCUGAGAGGACAAAUAUCUGACCUGUGGAAGAACAACAAUCCUGUUCGCACGCUUAUAGGAGAGCGAGUUCAGGGCUURCUCCUGGCCACGCUGCAGGGCGGCUCGGCUAAAAGGAGUCCAGAGCUGCCUUUUCCCCUCGGGCUGGUUAGCGCCGACUUAGCAGAGCUGGGGACAGCCUUCGGGCYAAUUGUCCGCUUCAACCAAAGCGUCUUCGGUCCCUUCUACGCUCCCAUCCUCAGGAAACUGCUGCUGCCGCCUGGAGAGGCCGAGGCCGCGGAGGGCUCGCGCUAAACCCAGGUCGACCUGAACACAGGCCGACGUUUGAGAUUAAAUGUGUCGUUUAUUUUUUUUAGACUGCAAAUAUGGUGACGUGGAACAGAAACUUUAAGGGCAGACAUAAAACGAUGCGGCUGUUUUUAUAUUUCUUCUUUUUGUUGUUUAAUUCACAUUUACAUUUUCCAAAA